AUGGCCACCAGACGCCCUGUCAAGACAGAAAAGGACUCUAUCAAGAGCGAAGAUGUCCCCAGCAAUCCGGUAUCAGUUGCUGCUGCGAAUAAGAACGUUACAGCUGCCUCCGCUGUGCCUAGAUCCGUGCUUGUGAAACUUCUCAUGUUCACAUUUGCCAUGAUUGUUUUUCCUUUGAGUUCUUACUUUCUUACUAUAAACACAAUCUUUAAAGACCGCUCAAGCAGCAGCACUCUAGCGGCAGCCACCGCAGCUGUGGUUGCAAAUAUUGUUCUGAUAGGGUACAUCAUUGUGGCCGCGAACGAAGACGAUACAGACGGAAAGGAUCAUGAGAGGAAAUCGCAGUGA